GGGUGUAACGCUUUACCGCAAGUAUCCGACGGUAUCCAGUGGCCGAUUCGUCCCAUCGUGAUACCAUGAGACCAAACGUGUCCCAUUGUUAUGCCCUCCGAUACUAUUCAUCGUGUACAUUGUUGGUGGCACACACGCGACAUUGACAUCGCCUCGUGGAUCGCCACAACCUACAACUAGUCACAUUGUUAAACUGCAAUUCUAGUGUUUUAGUAUUUUUUUGUUUGCAAAAUAAGAAGAAUUAUGAGAGGUACGAGAGAAGUGAGAAUUAUUUUUUUUUUGUUUAUGGUUUCUGGGGGAGCCAGUUUAUUAGGUGUUUAGUGUACCAUGGAUUUUAGAACAUUAAAUCGAAUUCGGUUUGUGAAGAUAUGCCAAUGGUCAGGAACGGGUGUUUUGGGUGUGAUGGAUACAUUGGGUGAAAUGGUUUUGCGAAGUUUGAUUUAAUGCGGGAAAAUGACUGAUGAUGGUGAGACUGAAUGAUUCUUCGGAGAUUUACUGGUGAUCAGUGACUGAUUGGUUCAGAGAAUAAUCCAUGCGGAAAACCCAGUCAUUGCCAAUUUUCUCACAAUUCUGAUCGCAAAGUGUUACAGAGAUACUUCGUUUUGCUGGAAGAAUACCUAGCCUCAAAUGCACAUAUAUAUGGUGGAAUUUAUUCGAGGGCAACAGCUCGGUAACGGAAAUGGCUGGCUCACUGUGUAUAUGGCGUUGGCGGCGAUAUAUAUACAUGUAUAUAUAUACAUAAAUAGAGGACAUCUCUCUCGACGUCGUACACUCACUCCCUCCAACAUUCACAAGCUUAGCCUCUCUUCCUUCGUCCAUCUUUGCUGAAUUUUUCCCUCGCGAAACUGCCAGAAAAAGGCUUCAAAGUGUUCGGCGUGGAGAAAACCAUUCACCCAUUCGAGCUGUGCAGAAGAAUUAAAUAGUUUUUAAUACGUGGAAAUCGAGAUUAAUUAACAUGCAUGUAAGAAAUAUGAAAUUUCAUUAUUUGUCCAGGCUCGGGGCAGUGUAUCCACCAGCGACACUGGCUGGUAUACAAGCCACCGCCGCGGGGAAUUCCACCGGGGUGAAUUGGUGGACCAUGAUGAACGGCGGUACUAUUUACGAGGAGAGUCCGCCGUCAGUACCCCCAACUCUCUCCCUCGUAUCAAUUCAACAUCAACAACAACAACAAACAUCAACACCAGGUUCCCAUCAACAAGCAACAACACCGAGUUCACCGGGUGCACCGAGUUCAGCUGCUGGUGCAUCAGCACCAGCCCAAACAGCGAGUGCAAGUUCAACAUCACCAAGUGCAUCAUCAGUGGCGAGCAACAGUGCAGCAGGACCACUUCACAUACCAGCGAAGAGGCCAUCAGCAACACCAGUUGGUGGUACAACAUACGGCGAGGUGAGCUGUGUUGAACCAAGUAGUGGUACAUCAACAGGGGUAAUAAGACACUCACACUCGUCAUCCGCUGGCUCACAGGGUGGUUGGAGUUACAGUCCGCACAAUCCUCAGGAGGCGCAUUAUACGGCAGCAGCAACGGCUGACGCAUUAAAUCAUCAUCAGGCGUACGGAGGUACUAAUCCUCCGACCUAUUACAAUCUGGCGGACUCGGGGACAGGUUCUACCAGGGAUAACCGGAAGGCCGGUGGUAGUUUGAGCUUUUGGUCACCGGCUACAGCUGCUUCAGCUCCUGGCUCAGGUAGUGGUGGCGCCACGACGGAGUACAAGUAUAAUCCAGCUAGUGCUGGUGGCACGACAACGUCAUCAGCCUCGUCUGUUCCCACUGGCGGAACAGAUCCAGCUGUCUCUACGUGUCAUCAAAAUUUUACACAGAGCUGGUGCAAUUAUGCUUAUUCAGGUAGCCGGCAUCAUCCUAUUGAUGCAACACCACAUCAUCAUCAUCCCCACUCACAGCCUGGUGUACCUUAUCUCACACCAUCCGCUGCUGAUGAUCGGGGUAGGGUGGCUGCCAUGGUAGCUGCUGAAUCGGCUUUUCCACAUGAUGGCUACAGCGGUCUCAGAAAUUAUGCUUCUGAACCGGUACCUUCGAGUCCAUAUACAACUCCAGUGAUGUGGGGUUCCUCCCCAUCUUCCUUGUUUCCGGCAGGUACACUGGGCGUUGGAGUACCUGGAAUGGGACUGGGUGGUGCUAGUAUGAGUGUUGGAUGUACAAGUGGAAAUCCCCUAGAGUGGACUGGUCAAGUAACAGUACGAAAAAAGCGUAAACCAUAUUCAAAAUUUCAAACCCUCGAAUUGGAAAAAGAAUUUUUAUUCAAUGCCUAUGUAUCCAAACAAAAACGUUGGGAAUUGGCGCGUAAUUUAAAUUUAACCGAGCGCCAAGUUAAAAUAUGGUUUCAAAAUAGAAGAAUGAAGAAUAAAAAAAAUAGUCAACGUCAAACACAACAACAGAGUAAUAAUAAUAAUAAUAAUAACAGUAGUGCAAAUAAUGCUAAUCAUCAUGGUACUGGUGGUAGCCAUCAUCAUCCUGGUGGUGGUCAUGGUCCAACGAGUCAUCAUGUACCAGUGGGACAAGCACAUCAUGCAAAUGGCUCAUCGAAGCAUCAUCAGUGACCCGUAGCUUUCUCUGGGGUUGUCUUUCAUCAUCCUCACAAUACAACAACAUCAAUACACAGUGGUAGCACUGGCCAGGGAUUAUUAUCAUCAGCAUCGAGUCACAGUAUUCAUGGUACAUCCCAACAAUUAUCAACAUCAUUAACUCAUACUAUUGGCACUGGUCAUCAUUCACAUCAAACAAGCCAUCAGUUGGCACACAUGAGUGCUCAACAGCAUACAGCAUUGCUGCAUCAAACAAGUCAUGGUCUUGCUGCUUGAGUUGGAUCAUAUUGGUAUCUGGAAUCACCGAAUGACGAUACCGAUGAGGAACCGCCAGACAUUACCCAGAGAAAUUUCUAAUCUAAGAUUACACAAUUAUUAUAAUGAGAAAAUACAAAAAGCUGAUUAACGAAAAAAACACAAUUACAUAUGGGAGAUAUAUGUAUAUGUAUUUAUAUAUUAUUCUCAAGUUUGGAAACAUUACAACUUCGUGAUGUUGGGAAGAACGAGAUGAUGUUGGGUAAUGAGUUUUUAGACAAUUUUCAUUGAAUGCUCUACACUCUGUGUUUGCCGUGAUGAAUGGAUGAAUGGUCAUUGGGAUGGUUGAGAUUUUUCUGGGAGGCUGAAUGCUGUUUAAUGAUUUUUCAUGUGUGCUACCUACAAAAACGUCCAACCCGUAACGCGAUAGUAUUACUCCAAUUAUACAUAGUUGAACGGAGUAGAGUAUAAUUAAAUUAAUGGUAAAUUAGUGUUUCUUGGAUUCGAAAGGAUAACUGGAAUUCUAUUCAAAUUGCAAUUUAUCGAAGGUGCGUGGUUUUAUUAUUGUUUUUUUGCGGGGGGAGAAAAAAAGUUGGGAAAAAUUACUGAACGAGUCAUGCAAUUGUGGAGCGGAAUACAUUUCUAGGUAUUUUUUUUCACAUUUCAGGGCAACAAGUGCGAGGGAAUAGUGAUUGUUGUUUAACUGUUACAGUUGCCAUUCACGUCAUUUGAAAUUAUUGGUUGAAUGCCAUUGACAGGUGAAUAUUUCAGGAUCAUUGACAUGUGUGAAUAGGUUUUUUUUAUAACGGGGAAUUAUAUGUUUGGCACAUGGCACGAUAAAGUCUCACUUUUGUGCGUCCUCAAGUGCUUCACAUUGAAUCCAAAAAAAUUUUUGUCUUUUAAAAAAUUUUAUUGAACAGGGAAAAGUUUAUUCAGUAUCGAUAUUUUUUUAAUUGAAGUAACACUUUAUUGGCAACAUAUCCACCCCAGCUAUUUUUUUCACGGACAUGAGCGGACUUCUCGCCGUUAGAUCACAUGCGUGGAACAUAUAUUAUAUGCUAUUUCCUCGCCCUGUACAAAAAGAUUUCUUUUUAAGGCAUGCUCUGCAUCUCUAAAAGGUUUCUUCUCUACAUGUGACGUGGGAAAUUGUUUGACGGAUAAUCGGAAAAGUUUUUUUUUUAGUUCGGGAGGGUUAUAACACAUGCCAAAGGUGAGUGAUAUAAUCGCAGGAACUCGUAACAAAAUAUACUGUUGUAUCUCACUAUUAGCAAAGAGUACAUUUCGAUACGAGUGCGGGAAAGUCUUUUUAGGCUCGUGAAAGGAUUAAAGCACGAGCCCGAAGUGAAUGCCAUAAUCUAACGAGUCUAAAAUAGUACAUUUUGGUACGAGUGCGGGAAAGUGUUUUUAGACCCGUGAGAGGUUUAUGGCACGAGCCAAAAGCGAAUGCCACAAUCUCACGAGCCGAAAAACACUUUUCCCGAGAGGAUCGAACACUUUUUCCAUAAAACGGGUGGGAAGUGGGGGUUUGCGCACGCAGAACGUGCGUAAAAUGUCACUUUACACACAGUGUGUCGAAAAGGUGUUCUAUUCAACUCACUUUCACCAAUCGUAAUUCAAACCCCAUUCUAUUAACUAUUGUAUGUCACGAUGGUAAAAUCAUUAUCUAAGUAUUAUCUGCUUUUAUCACCUCAUGACCUAAUCGAUUAUUUUAUUGAAAUUUAAUGUCACUACACCAUUAAUUAUCGCAUAGUAAAAUUCGUGACGAUGUUCUGGUACUUUUUGCUCAACUUUUUUUUCUCCGUUUGGGUUCUUAUGAGUGGUUUUGUCAUCACGUUUUAAACGUGUCGUAGUUGUGAUGAGACUGAGCACGACUGGAUUAUCAACGAGGGAAGUUUUUUGAGAUUUAUUUAGGAUUCAAUUAGUGAUUUCAUGGAUUUGGUUAUAUCUUCCGUGAGAUUGGCGAGUUUUCGGUUUACAGAAAAAACGGCAAAGUUAUUUUUAACCACAAAUUGCAUCAGAAAUUGUACCGCACUUGUUAAUUAUUCAAAAUUUGUUUUUAUUGAAUGACGUUUUACAUUCAGACGACUCUAAGGCACCUUGUUUUUGCAGUGAAAGUAGUCGCUAUUUAUUAUUCAUUCAUUCAAUAAAAAAAGUGUAUGCAACAACGAGCGAAAGCUUUCCAGCUGGUAAUCCUGUGACUCUGAAAACUCAUCCAGCUGCACGUAGAUUUUUCAUGAUGAAGUGAGUAAUGAUAAAAAUUGGGGAAAAUGAAUUGAAUUUUUCUGGAAUAAAUUGUGCUCGAGGGAAUGAAGAAUUACCAAGAAAAAGUGAAUCUUUUCGAAUUUUACCGCCCGUAAAUGCGUACUCAGGCCUAUUGCAAACUAUUGGCAUUUGUUUGAUGAUAAUUAGAGCCUUCAUUAUGUAUGUAAAAAGUUAUUAGACUAAGAAGAUAAUUCAAGUUCUGAAUCAUCAAAAAAAAAAUGAAAUGUGAAGCUGCAUAUGUCCAAAAAAUCAAACAAAACUGAUGGAUUUUUUUUUUCUCGAAAAUUUUAAACUGAAAAUCUUAUUCCAUCGUAACGGGUCAUUGAAUUUAAUAUUGUACUUAACGUAAAUUAAGAGAAUUGAACCCGUGAUUAUUUGAAACUCGAAAACAUCGAGUGUCUAUUCACGAGCCAAUUACUAGGUAAGUCAAUUUAAAAAAAUUAAAAUGAGAAAUUAUGUUUUUUGUUGGCUUUGAUGGAUCUCUCGACUAGUAAAUUUUUCUUUCUUGUUUCGUACGUUUUGAAUCAUAUUUUAUGUAAGAUAAUUAAGUUCACCCCUCGUUUCUAAUGCAAACGUAAUUAGUCAAUCAUCCGAGUGAAAAAAAAAACCCUUUUUUUAUUGAUGUAAUUAAUUUAAAAUGUUGACUAAAUUCUGCCAAAGCAGUUGUUAGAUAACUCAAAAAAAAGAUUAAUAAAUCGAGGCGUCGACUGUGAAUCGGAGGGCGAGGGCUUUUCACAGCUCAUAACACCUCCGAAAUUUCGUUGUACAUGUACUGAUGCGUGAUUACGUACGAGUGUAGAGUUGUGCUUCAAAAAAGUGAAGAAGAGAAACAAAAAAAAAACUUCCCGACAACUCGGUGAAAACUCUCUUGUGAACGUGUGUUUUCAACUUGAAAAAAAAAUAAGGAAGUCAGUGUAUGAGGAAAUAAAAAUAACGAAGGAAAUAAAUUAGAUAAAAUACAUAGAAUUCUGAUGAAACGAGAAUAAAUGAAUUUGAUCGUGAAUGAAUGAGGUAUUAGAUUCAGUCGCGAGCCAGUCAUCGCUAAAUAUACAGUGCUUUUCAGCAGUUUAAAUGAAGUAAGAUUUAAUGAUGAAAAAUGAAAAAAAAACAAUCUACAACUGUAAUUAGUGAUAAUUAUUAUGUCAAGGACAAUGUUUAACAAGAUUUUAAGGUUAUUAAGAAUUAUUAUUAUGAUUAUUAAUUAUUAUUGUGAACGUCACGUUAAUAUUAUGUUAUUGUUUUUAUUGUGUGUUGUUUUUGUAUGUACCUAUUCAGCCUACAAUUUACUAUUAUCAAUUAUUAUGAUGCAUAAUGAGAGAUGAAAAAUUGAAAAGAUAAAAAAGGAAAAAAGUUAUAAAGAAAACAAAACAAUGAAAAUUUCACUCAUAAAGGAGACUAAAAAAAAAGCCAUGUUAUUAAAUGUGUAUAUUGUCUUGAUCCGCAGAUAGCUGUUCUACUGUAGAAUUAAACCCUUCAUUUCCCAUCCCAAAUUCAUUAUCCCGUACCAAAUUGUCGGGCGAAAUAUUCGCAACAUCAAAUUAAUACUCUUCCGUUAUUUUAUCGAAUGAAAAAGCCUCUAAUUACGAAUUUAUUCGAGAGUAAAUCUGGGUAAACAUUAUUGACACUAAAAUACUUCUUAGGAAAUGAAAGGAAUAGUGAGUUUAAAGAAAAAAAAGUAGACGGUAGAAAGAUGAUAAAAAAAACAUUCGCGAAUGGGAGUUUCUCAAGAUUUCAUCGUACCGAGUCAUUUCUGCAAUCAAUGGCGUGGAAAAGGAUAUUUUCCUCAACUAGAAUUCUCACUUGUACGAUUCAACACUUAAUGAAAAUACAUGGUUUUUUUUAGAAUAAGGAAAUGCUACUUGUAAAUAAAUUGUGAGGAUUAAUGAAUAUUAAUUAACGAGAUGAUAUUACUCCUGUAUCGAAGUGCAAUAACGAAAACUUAUGUUUAAUGAGUGCCAAAGUACAGCGACAACGCAAAUAAGGAAGCUCGAACUAUCAGUUAUACACGUGCGGGAUGGUUCAAAUUUUUACGGAUUUUGAGAUUCAUGAAUUCGUUUGAUAAAGUUAUCAUUGGCCCUUGAAGUUUUUGGUACAUUUCGGAUGUUGAAAAAAGUACGAAAAUGCGGGAAAAAAGUUGCACCCACGUUUUGCUGUUCAAAAGCUAAGAAAAUCGAAGAAAUAGUUUGAAGAAAUUUUUUUUGGAGAACAGUAAAUUUUUGUGGAAAAUAUUGUAAAAUGAGAUCAACGCGGCCGCUGUCGUCUUCAUUGAAUAACCCUUCCCAGUGUCGGAAGGAGCUUUGAUGAGUGUGAAGUCUUCACUUCAUGUUUUUAAACAUUUCUUAAAAUUACUUAUCCUGGUCAGAUCGACCUCAAUUCACUUCAUCCGGUUUUCAUCAAAUUAAUCAAUGUUUUUAAUUCAUUUUUUAGAAUUGUCCAUUCUUUUGACGGAGAACUCGGCGGAAAGUUUUGUUCGGAUGUCAGUGGUACUUCUUUUUUAUUCCUGAGAAGUCUUAAAAGAUGUUGAAAGUUUAAAAAUAACUGUGAUGUGACACUCGUCAUCAAUUCUUAGUCAAAAUAGAAGUUAAAAAAGUGAAAGAUGGUUAGAAAAAGUCGUUCCUCAUUCAGGAAUUACCUGACACGAAUUGAAAGUGAUCCGGAAAGAAGGAAUGAUUACAAGAAAUGUUUAAAAAUGCGAAGUGGAACCUCGGGGUGAGUGUCGCCAUCUUGGCUACUCUCUCCCUCUACCGGGAGGAGAUUUAAAGAUGUCGACGCCUCCACCUCGUGUUUUUAAACUUUUUUGACAAUUAUUUAUGCUGUUCGGGGUAUUCUCAACCCACUUCAUGCGAUUCCUGUAAAAAGAAUAAUUUUUUAAAAUCAAUUUCACAUUCUUCCUUCUCCUUUCGGCUUGAAAUUCAGGUUGCAAAAUUUUUCCCGCAUUAAAGUAGUUUUUUUUUUCAAGUAAA